UUGAUGGUGUGGUCCUACCCCAAGAAUCAGGGCUUCUUCGAGGACUGCAUCGUCUGCUGCGUCAAGGAGAACCCCGAGCCCAUCCUCUUCAAGAUCAGCUGCUACGGCGUGCGGCCCGAGCUGGAGCUGGACAAGAAGCAGCUGCACUUUGAGAAGGUCCUGCUGCACAGGAAGGACACCAAGACCAUCUACCUCCGCAACAGCACCCUCCUCCCUGUGGCCUGGCGCCUGAGCGGCCUGGAGAACCUCGGUGAUGACUUCUCGGUCACCACGGACUCGGGUGUGAUCGAUCCGAAGUCCGAGUUUGCGCUGAACGCCCACUUCCGGGCCAUGAGGCCCACCAACCUGAAGAAGAUGAUCCGACUUGAGGUCUCGGACGUGGAGAACAUCAUGGGUCUCCUGCAGACCGAGAACAUCCAAGUCCUGGCCGAAGCGUACGACGUGGCCCUGGACAUGAGCUUUCCCAAGGGGGCGGAUGGCGGGCUGGACUUUGGCACCAUCCGGGUCAUGGACGAGACUAAGCAGACCUGCUCCCUCAAGAACAAGGGCCGAUACGAGAUCGCUUUCAGUUUCAAUUUUGAGACCACGGAAGCCUGCGGCCAGGAGAUCAUCAACCUGUUCUCAGUCAUUCCCCAGAAGGGAGUCUUGGUGCCCAACGAUCGGCCCACGCAGGUCCAGGUCAUCUUCAGGUCGCGCAAGGAGGUCACCAUCAGGGACCAGCCAAUCCUGAAGUGCCAAGUGAUCGAGCCCAACAUCUCGGAUGGCGGGGAGACCAUCGCCAGCAUCCCCGUCAAGUUGGGCGUGCGCAGCAUCUUCAGCAAGUACAACGUCUACCCGGUCAGCGACAUCAACUUCGGCGCCGUGCUGGUCAGCCAUCGCCGCACCCGCUCCUUCAUCAUCGAGAACAAGGGGGAGUUUGACUUCAAGUACAACGUCAACCGGAUGAGCCGGGACACCCAGCCCGUCCAGCCCCUGCUCAGGGGGAGAGUCGGAUCUCGUGCUUCAAAGGCAUCCUUCCAGUUCCUGAGGCCCGGAGGAGGCAAUAAGCGCAGUAAGUCCAGGGAUGGCUCCAGCUCAGGUCGCUCUGUGGCCAAACCCAAGAGAGCCGACUCUAUGAGGCAAGACAUGGGCGCCGGUGGGGGUGGGGGAGGCGGCGGGGGAGGAAGCACCACCAGGCUGCAGCUGGGCAUGUUCACCGUCUACCCGGCCUACGGCGUGGUCUACCCCAACAACCAGCAGGUCAUCCAGGUGGAGUGCCUGCCGGAGAGCACCGGAAAGGGAGACGAGGACCUGGCUAUCGAGAUCACGGACCGCGACCCGGCCGACCACCCCCAGGGCAUCCCCUACAAGAUCCUGGCUGAGGCCUGCAGCCCGGGCAUCAACCUGACCGACCUGGCCUCCAUCUUCGAGGAGCACCGGGUGGUGCGCAACCUGAGCGUCUUCCUCAACAGCCACCACCUGGAGCUGGGCGGGGGCGGGGUGUACGGCGAGGACCAGAACAAGUUCAUCUUCGGCCACGUGCUGGUGGGCCGCAAGGUCAAGGCGCGCUUCAAGAUCUCCAACGCCAAUAAGGUGUCUUGCGACGUCAUCUUCUCCUGCAAGCUUGUUACCUCCAAGCCCUCCUCCAAGCUCCAGGAUAUCUUUGAGGUGGAGCCGUCCAGAGCAUCCAUCCCGGCUCACAGUCACGCCUACGCCACGGUCACCUUUGGCCCACCCUCGAUGCAGACUUACACUGGUCAGUUUGAGGUCAUCUUGGACGGCCUGUCCGGCCCUCAGGCCAAGCAGAAAAACCUGUCUUUUGAGGUCCAGGGAGAGGGUAACCUGCCCCGCGUCUCGGUACAGAAGCCAUCCAUCCGCAACAAGAAGGGCAGCCCCCUGCUGCUGUUCAAGCGACUGCUGCUGGGGACCACGCAGACAUUGCCGCUGUGCCUGAAGAACGACGGCACGCUACCCAGCAAGGUUGAUAUUGAUUUGAAUGAUCCCAGCGGGGUGUACAGCCUGCAGAGCUCUGAAGACACGAAGCUUAUUUACCCAAUGCAGACGGACAUCCAGUCAUACAUCAAUGAUGAUGGGGAGGAGCCAGUCCGCCACCCCCACACCGCCUCCAUCAUCGUGGGCGUGGGCGAGGAGGCCACCUUCCAAGUGGUCCUCCGGCCGGAUGCGGCCGGGCGCUGCGAGGGCUCGGUCCGGGUGACGGUGGUGGACAACCAGUACGAGGACCGGGCCAUCCAGCUGGUGGGCGAGGGCUACCAGGACGAGAUCACCCUGGACAACAUCCAUAGCCUGCCGGCCGAGGAGAGCGUGGAGCAGUUCCUGGGGGAUGACAACCAAGUCUCAGCCAUGCCCUCCAAUCACAUCCAGUUUGGCGACUGCCACGUGGGCGAGUCCUACCAGCUCACCUUCACGAUGACCAAUCACAGCCCGGCUGACACGGUGCGCUUCCAGUGGCCUGAGCACCCGCAGCUCAAGUUCUCACCCUCCGCGGGCCACCUGCACGGCGGGCUGUCCAAGGACAUCUCCGUCACGUUCAAGACGGACGAGGCGGUGAACCUGCAGGAUUCCGUCGUCAGCUGCAAAGUCUGCAAGAUCUCCUUCGAUAAGCCGGUGGAUCAGGUGGCAGACUGGGAUGACAGAAUGCGCACCGUCAAGUGGGUGGACAUCCCUGUGGCCGCCCUCCUGCGACCACCGACCUCGGGCGAGGCCUCGGCUGCCCGGCCCAAAUCCAACCAGGACGCCAAGAAAGAGGAGAAGGAAGCCAAGAAGGAGCACCGCAAGGGCGGGGCCAAGGAGAAAGAGGCGGCGGCGGCCAAGGAGGCGGCCACCGAGCUGAUGGACAAGGAGAAGACAGAGGAGGAGAUCCGACGGAAGAUCGCAGCCGGGGAGCUGGCGGCCGAGGUGCCCCGCCCGUCCAAAAAGAAGGUUAUUGAGACCGAGCCCGAGCCGACACACACGCCCCUAGAGGACACCGGCCGCGACGUUGAGCUGCGAGUCAGUGCCAACGCCGACUACGCCAAGUACAAGUGCAAGACAGACUCCAUCCACUUCAAGGACACGCUCAUGUUCCAGACCAGACAGUUCUCGUUCCAACUGACCAACAAGGGCUUGGUCCAGCUCUCCUACAACUGGCAGGUGGUGAUGGAGGAGGAGGUUCUCCGACGCAAGUCGGUCAGCUUCGCCGACGAGGACCAGCUGCGGCUGCCCUCCCGCUGCAGCACGGCACUCAGCGGCGCCGAACUGCUGGCCGACGUCUCCCCCUUUGCCAUCACACCCGAGGCGGGCACGGUGGGCGUGGGCAAGAAGCAGAGCUUUGUGGUCAAGUUCUCGCCACUGGACAUGCAGGACUUUGAGGGGCGCAUCAUCUGCAGGAUACCAAAUCUUGAAGAGGGCAAACAGGGACCCGUCAUCUCUGUCCGCGGCCGAAGCCUCAUGCCCUACUGCCACUUUGAGCUGGAGGACUCUGACUACAUCACCGGGUCCCGCCGUAACCCGGAGCUGCGGGGGCCCGGCGGGGCACCGCCCGGUGCCACCCUGGACCCCAACACCCGGGUGAUCGAGUUUGGCUCUGUCGGUAUACAGGUGCACAACCGGCGCAGCUUCUACAUCGUCAACCCCACCAACGCCCACUACUCCUUCGUCUGGACCUGCGAGGACGAGGAGGACCCCAAGGAGGUCAAGCAGUUCAGCUGCCUGACUGCUAAAGGGUUCGUUGCGCCGGGCAAGAAGACCGAGAUCACUUUUGAGUUCACCCCUUCCCAGCUGGGCAUCGUGGAGUCCUUCUGGCGCUUCACCAUCCCCGAACAGAACAUCCUGGUGCCCUUCCUCCUGGUGGGCGAUGCCAGGGAGCCGGCCGUGGCCACCGACCGCUCCCACAUCAACUUCAAGUCACUGCUCCUCGGUAACAUGGCCAGUGAGAGGGUUCACCUCAUCAAUAACGAGAGUCGACCUUUCACCUUUGACAUCUCGGAGGCAUCGUGUCACUCGGAGGCCUUCUCUUCAGAAUUGGAUGUCGCACCCAAGGGCGGUGUGGUGCCCCCAUUUGGCAGGAUUCCCAUUGACGUCUCCUUCACCCCUCGCAAGGAGAAGGUCGUCAACUUCAACGUAGAGAUCAACGUCAAGAAGAAGACGCUGCCCAUCUACCUGAACGUCAAGGCGGAGGGCUACUCCAUGAACGCCAAGGUGCUGUGCGAGGACUCGACAGGCAAGAACAUCCCCCUGUCGUCCAGGGGCAUCAACGAAAUCAACUUUGGGGAGGUGGAAGUGAACGAGAAGGCCGUGCGGUCCAUCUUCAUCGUCAACUCCGGCAAGUUCAACUUUGACUUUGAGUGGACCAUGAAGGAGCGAGCCGGCAAAACAAUCAAGAUGGUCACCAUCUCGCCCGAGACCGGCUUGGUGCCCUGCAACGACCGCAAACGCUGCGUACUGGCGUUCAAGCCACCCCAGAAGACCUCCCUGCGAGGCUGCGAGCUCUUGCUCAAGGUGACCAACGGUCCCACCUACCAGAUCGUCCUGGCUGGUCAGGGUGUGGCCCCGGGGCUCCACUUCUCCUUCACCAAGUACGACUUCGGGCCCUGCUUCAUCCACCGGGCUGGCAUGCCGCCCCUGUCCAACGUGCUGACAGUGACCAACAGGGACGCCAAGGCCAUCAGCAUUGACUGUCUGUACACCAGUACCUCCCACCUGGAGGUACAGUUCUCAGCCUGCGUCUUGCAGCCUGGGGACAGCCGAGAUGUCCAGCUGACCUUCUACCCCAGGGAGGCUGUCAAGUACCGCGAGCUGGUGGUGUUUGAGAUCAAUGGCUUGUCCAGGACUCAGGUUGAAAUUUUGGGCGAGGGCACCGAGAUGCGAGUGGAGGUGGCCAACGCCAAGGACAGGCUGGUCAACUUCGGCGCCCUGCGCGUGGGCGAGGCGGUCAAGCGCACCGUGCCGGUGGUCAACAAUAGCCCCGCCCCGCUGGCCUUCAGCGUGGUCAUCACCCCGCUCAGCCCCAUCCUGCAGCAGCUGCCCCAGGUGCUGUCCCUGGCGCCCACCAAGGAGAUCCAUCUCAAGCCCAAGGGGGGCAGCUGCAACCUGGACCUGGUCUUUGCGCCCAAGUGUCGGAUCCCACAGUUCACGGAGGAGGUGAUGUUGGAGUGCGCCGGCCUGUCGCAGCCACUGUUUGUUGUGACGGGCUCCUGCCAGGGGAUCGACAUCAGCCUGGAUCAGGAGUCCAUCCCCUUCGGAGCCGUGGUCCAGCGCAGCAGCACCACGCGCAAGCUUCUCAUGUGCAACACUGGUGACAUAGGAGCAGGUUUCAAAUGGAAUGUGGAGAAGUUUGCUCCCGAUUUCUCCAUCAACCCAACCGAGGGCUACAUCUCCCCAGGCAUGACGGUCCCCUUUGAAGUCACUUUCUUCCCCAAGGAGCUGAGCCAGGAUAUCCGUUACGAUAAGCUGCGAUGCCACAUUGAGGGCGGUCGUCCUCUACGCCUGGUCCUUACGGGGAUGUGCGUCGGCAGCCAGCCCCAGAAGGAGGUGUUACACUUCAACACCCACGUCCGAGUCAAGGACACCCGCAGCCUGACGCUGCACAACCGCACCAACCAGCGCUGGGAGCUGCGGCCGGUCAUCGAGGGCGAGCACUGGACGGGGGGAGACUCCAUCGUCCUGGAGCCCCAGCAGAGCAAGCCCUACGAGAUGACCUACCGGCCACUGAUCAUGACAGCCGAGGGGAAGAAGCACACGGGGACGGUUUUCUUCGCCUUACCGGAUGGCUCGGGGCUCCUGUACAAUCUGACGGGCGUGUCCGAGCCUCCAAAGGCGGCGGGCAGCGUCAACAAGGAGGUGCCCAGCAAGACCUACUACACAGAGCUGCUGUCAGUCUCCAACUGGCUCAAGAGGCCUCAGAGAUUCAAGGUGGUGAUUGAGAUGAUGAAACCGGACAAGCUGGACACGGCCACCACGCUGAAGGGGCUGGACUACAUCGACGUGCCGGGCCACAGCAAGAGGGACUACAAGCUCAACUUCUUCUGCCACAAGGAGGCCUCCUACUCGGCCAAGGUCAUCUUCCGCAACGAAGUGACGAGCGAGUUCCAGUUCUACUACGUGACCUUCAAGAGCACGGCGCCGGGCAUCAUGGACACCAUCGCCAUGACCACACCGGUCCGUCUCAGCACCUCCCACACCAUCUGCCUGGACAACCCGCUGGCCGUGCCCGUCACCUUCACCACUAACUGCCCCGUCGCCGACGUCAUGCUGCCCCCUCAGCUGGUGGUGCCUCCACAGUCAGAGGGCUCCCUGAGCUUUGAGUUCCUGCCGUUGAAGACGGGCGUCACUCACAGCAAGCUGCAGCUGAGCAGCGCCGAGCUGGGCAUGUUCCAGUACGACCUGGUGCUGACGGCCACAGCGGCGGGACCGGAGAAGGCCGUGUACUUCCGGGCGCCGCUGGGCGGCAACCAGCAGCAGACGGCCCGCUUCGUCAACUUCGCAAAGGUCAAAACAGAGUACACUUGCAAGGUUGACAACAGCGAUUUCCACUCCGACAAGAACCUGACGGCUGCACCAGGCUCCAGCGGGGGCUCAGAGGUCAGCAUCGACAUCACCUUCGAGCCGUCGCGUCUGGGCGAGACCCGGGGCCACCUGACGGUGGCCUCCAGCGUGGGCGGCGAGUACACCUUUCCGCUCUUUGGCACCUGCAUCCCGCCGAAGCCCCAGGGCCCCUACGCGGUCAAGGCUGGCUCCACCACCUCCAUCCCCUUCCGCAACAUCUUCCCCCACACCACCGCCUUCACCUUCCAGGUGGACAACCCGGCCUUCUCCUGCAAGCCCGGCGAGAGCAUCCGGGGCAAGAAGCAGCACAACAUCAUCGUGGGCUACGAAGGGAACCCCGACCCCAGCAAGGCCCCCAAGAUGGGCAAGCUGGUAGUGACCUGCCCACGGUCGGCCGGUGGUAACGCCAACGUAGCUUGGACGUUCUACCUGAAAGGAGUUACACCUUGAGCUACGUACUGACCCAUCUAAUGAGGUUUUCAACAAGGUCAUUCAUCUUAUGUAUUAUAGACACACAGAUUUCAGUUACAAAAGAUAUGAAGUUUUGCAAUAAUCAAAAUAAUUUAAGGUGUUAGUUUACUUCAGUUUCUUCUCUCGGACUCCAAUUUCAUCAUCUGCCAACAUCCGUCCAUUCCAUGGAAACCAAAGAAAUACAUGUUCACAAGGAACAUAUUGACUUCAGGAGAAUUUGCCCCAGAAAAGGGUAUCAUGCAGAAAUAGAGACUUCCAUGGACUGCACAAAUAUUAGUACAUGUAGACACAAGGUAUUAUAUUCACCGGAUUCUUUGCCUGUUAAUAAUAUGAAAGUCACUCCAAGUCUUCACAAAGCAUUAUGUGUGUGUACAGGUUAUGAAGUAUUUUGUGCAUUUUUACUAAUUAAUAACAAUUUGAGCUAAAAGUCCAUCCUGAGUUUUAAAACAGGGAGCAGUUUAUCGUUCAGGAAUUUGUUGCCACGGAAACUGCGUUUCGAAGUUUUCUGGAAGGCACUUGGUGUCUAACAUCUAGUAUGCUGUGUUUCUGUAUUGUGUAAAUUAGAGCAUUGUGUAAAAAAAUGCCAUUACUUCUUGUAAAUAUUUGAUUGGGCCUUAAUUUUUAUGAGACAGAAUAUUUCCAGUUGAUUAGAACCUAAUAAAUUAGGUACUUCUAGGUAGUACUUCUCCAAAGGUUUCCUUCAUCUAAUAAAUUGAUAUACAUGAGAAAUUUACGACUGAAUGUUGAAUUGCUUUUUUAAUUAUUCAUUAAUGGUAUACUGGUAUCCGUCCAUAUUCACUGUAUAACCAAUGGAAUUUGUAUCUUAAUGAUUGGAUUUUCCUAAGAUUAAAAUAUGCAAAUGAACUGCAUUACUAAAAGCUUCAAUCUCCGUCCUGUUGUAAACCAUUCCAUGCCAUGUUCCUGUUUGUACAUAGAAAUGUUAACACUUCCCAAAAACAGGAUUUUUGUCUUAUAACUAUAUUUUGCUUGGUCACUGUGUGAAAGAAAAAUAAAAUGAGUGCUUUGAAGGUUUUA